AUGGCCGCGAGAUGCGACGGGCCGAUGGCCGAAGGCUACCGGCGGCUUCUGUCGUCCGGCAGGCAGAGGCAGAGGCACAGGUGCGCAGGGUGCAGGGUGCAGGGGAGGGAGCUACCGCAAAGCCGACCCGCCGCCUCUCUGGUGCUCACCACGCUCCUUGUACCAGAUCGAGAAGGAAAGAAGCGGCACCGAUCGAGGGGCUCGGGGAGUCCGGGGUCGACCGACGGGGCAUGGGCUGUGAUGCGCGGAUAUCCCGUAUCCGACACGCACGCCACGGAUACAGAUAGGCCUCGGAUAAGCCAUGGAUACGUAUCCAGGCCGUACUCAAAAUAUUGGAUACGUAUUCACUUAGAUACGUGUAUCCGGCACGCAGCAGUGGAGAAGGAGCAAGUGGUGCAGCACGUCAUCACCAACCUUUGCAUGGGUCUGCAGGCGGAUCAGCUUCACGGCAUGGUGUUUCUUAGAUACAAUUUCGAAACCCAUUAUGCAACCUUUAUUAGCGGGGGGCUGCACACACCAUUCACUCACACCAAGAGCACCACAAAUAAAAGUUGGAAUAUCAGUCCACCACCAAACUCAAGUAAAAGAAAAAGCACUAGACUAUCAAAGAAAGCUGCUGCACAUUCGGGCAAAGAUGCGAUUCAGAUUGCCCAAGAAUUGUUAGUAAAGAAGCUAGGGGAACUGUCGGGUGAGGACACUACUCAAGAUACCCUUGACAUCGAUUUUUAUGUGCAGCACUUUGACCAGCCAAUCGAAAGUGCCAAGAUGGAGGCCAUCAAGAUGCUCAUUGAGCAGGAAGCCAAGAAGCAGAAGACAAGCGCCAUCCAGAAGAAGGCUGCCGUGGCUCCGGCCAUGGAGGCUUAG